AGGUAUGACGUCGUCACGGCAAGAGGUGUACACAGGAGCACAACCGAUGAAUACCAUGGUAACAACGAUGACCAAAACAGAUGAUGGUCAAUUGCAGAAUCGUGAGUAUUACUUUGGUCACCGUAGUUUGAAUGGAACUUAUUGUUACCAGUUGGCUGGUAUUCUACGAAUUUUCGAAAUUGCAAGCUUACUAAUAAUAUCAUCAAUUGUAUCAGUAUAUGGUCCAGGACCAUUUAAAGGAAUUCUUUUUGGUCAAACAUUUUUACUUAUCUUUGCUGGUAUUGCUGUUUGCUUCACAUUCAUUUUUUUUAUUGUUUUUCUCUUCCAAUUACACGAAACUCAUCUUGACUUUUGGCCAUGGAAAAUCUCUGAUUUUAUGUUUUCAAUAACCGCAUGCUCAUCGUAUAUUAUUUUGGGUUUGAUUGAAGCGUACUAUUCGACAGGUGCUUGGUCGAAUAAUUGUAAUGAUAUUGGCUCAGAUGGUAUCAUUCAUAAUCAUUGUCGAACCAUUUAUGAAUGGGUCUUUGCAUCGCUUCUAUCAUUUUUCAAUGGAUUUUUAUAUGGAAUAAGUGCAUUUUUAGCUCAUCGUAAUCAAUAUAGUUAA